GAUGAUUACUUGAAUGGAUCCCCAAACCUCGCUACAGGGGAAAUCGAACCUUGAUUCCCUUAGAACCCAAAAUGAGACUCAUGAAAGCGCAUAGAAGCUGGGCCCGAAAGAACAUGUGGAAUUCUAUUACUUGAACUGGUGAAGAAGCUUUUUCUGCACAAAGAAGUGUGCACACAGACAUAGAGAGAGAGGAAGGGAGAGUACAUAUAUCCAUGGAAGCUGUGGAGGCAAAACUGAGUGAUCGGGAUGGAUGCUGUAUUGAUGUGCCAGCACCACUUGUCCAGGAGCUAGUGAAGCAACCAUUAAACAAUGUACCAGAGAGAUAUGUGCUUCCUGAACUUGAGAUUCACUUUGCAUCUAGCACUUCUUCACCACUACAACAAGCCCCUGCUAUAGUUAUGACUAAGUUGUUUUCCCCAGAUUUCCAUGUUUCUGAGCUCCACAAGCUUGAUCUUGCUUGCAAACACUGGGGUUUCUUUCAGGUGAUUAAUCAUGGAGUGAGGCCUUCAUUAGUGGAAAAUGUGAAGAAAGGAGUGGAAGAGUUUUUCAAUCUUCCAAUGGAAGAGAAAACCAAGUUCCAGAAGAAAGUAGGAGAAAGGGAAGGAUACGGUCAGCUAUUUGUUGUGUCUGAAGAACAGAAGCUUGAUUGGGCUGAUAUGUUAUACUUCACCACUCUUCCACUAGAAGAAAGGAAAUCCCAUUUAUUCCCUAACCUCCCCCUUCCUUUCAGGGAUAACUUAGACGCCUAUUGCAUGGAACUGGCAAAUCUUGCAAUUGAGCUGAUUCGACUGAUGGGAGAAGCUCUAAAUAUAGAAGCCAAAGGGCUGAGAGAGUUAUUUGAGGGAGCAUUGCAAUCAGUGAGGAUGAAUUACUAUCCUGCAUGUCCACAGCCAGAGAAGGUGAUUGGCCUCUACCCUCACUCUGAUGCUACUGCCCUCACGAUACUCCUCCAAGUCAAUGAAAUGGACGGCUUUCAAGUGAAAAGGGAUGGAUCUUGGGUGCCUAUCAAGCCUCUCCCUCACACCUUUGUCGUCAACCUGGGAGACACUUUCGAGAUUGUGAGCAAUGGGAUAUACAAGAGCGUAGAGCAUAGAGCGAUAGUGAACUCGAAGAAGGAGAGGAUGUCGGUGGCCACAUUCUUUGGUGCUAGAUUGGAUGGAGUGAUAGGGCCAUCGCCAAACAUCGUGAGUCCAGAAAGGCCUCCACUGUUCAAGACCAUCUCUAUGUCUGAUUUUUGGAGUGCACUUUUCAAACACCAUCACCGUGGGAAGUCCUACCUUGAUUACCUUAGGAUCCCAAAUCACACUCAUGAAACCACAAGUGGAGACUGUAUUAAUGUUCCAGUACCACUUGUCCAGGAGCUUGCCAAACAGCCUUUAACCAUUGUACCAGAGAGAUACGUGCGUCCUGAGCUUGAGCUUCAACUUAAGUCUAACACUUCAGCUCUACCACAAGCCCCAGUCAUAGAUCUGACUAAGUUGUUGUCCCCAGAGUUCCAUGUUUCUGAGCUCCACAAGCUUGAUUAUGCCUGCAAACAUUGGGGUUUCUUUCAGUUGAUCAAUCACGGAGUGAGCCCUUCAUUAGUGGAAAGUGUGAAGAAAGGAGUGGAAGAGUUUUUCAAUCUCCCAAUCGAAGAGAAAACCAAGUUCCAGAACAAAGCAGGAGAAAGAGAAGGAUAUGGGCAGCUGUUUGUUGUGUCUGAAGAACAAGAGCUUGACUGGGCUGAUAUGUUGUUCUUAACAACUCUUCCUCGAGAAGCAAGGAAACCCCACUUAUUCCCUAACCUCCCCCUUCCUUUCAGGGAUAACUUGGACACCUAUUGUAUAGAACUCAGAAAGCUUGUGAUGGAACUGAUUAUACUGAUGGGUGAAGCUUUAAACAUGGAAGUCAAAGAGGUGAGAGAGUUAUUUGAAGGAGGUUUGCAAACAGUGAGGAUGAAUUACUAUCCCGCAUGUCCUCAACCAGAGAAGGCGAUUGGCCUCUACCCACACUCUGAUGGUAGUGCCCUCACAAUGCUGCUUCAAGUCAAUGAAGUGGACGGGCUUGAGAUAAAAAAGGAUGGAACUUGGAUCCCCAUCAACCCUGUCCCUGACGCCUUCGUCGUCAACAUCGGAGACACUUUCGAGAUUGUGAGUAAUGGGAUAUACAAGAGCGUAGAGCAUAGAGCGACAGUGAACUCGAAGAAGGAGAGGAUGUCAACGGCCACUUUCUUUGGUGCUAGAUUGGAUGGCAUGCUUGGUCCAUCGCCAAACCUUGUAACUCCAGAAAGGCCCCCACAGUUCAAGACCAUCUCUGUGUCUGAUUACUGGAAGGCAUAUUUCUCACGCCAGCUCCAUGGAAAAUCCCACCUCGAUUCCCUUAGGAUCGCAAAUCAAACUCAUGAAACAACAUAG